AUGUCAACCGCAAAAGCUGACGUCGAGCUCAACGACUUCUCCAACAUCUUCCGCCUAGAUGGUAAAGUCGCCGUCGUCACCGGCGGUUCUCGUGGUCUAGGACUGCACGCCGCAUCUGGCCUCCUUCAAGCAGGCUGCUCCAAAGUAUUCAUAACCUCCCGCAAAGCCGCCGCGUGUCAAGAAGCCUGCGAUGCGCUGAACGCCCUUCCGAACAAACACCCCGACGCCAUUGCGAUCUCCGUCCCCGCCGACAGCUCCAAAGUCAGUGAAAUCGAACGCCUAGUCGCGGAGGUCUCCAAGCACACGGAUCAUGUUGACAUCCUCUUCGCGAACGCCGGCGCGACUUGGGGCGAGAAAUUUGAUACGCACCCGGACUCCGCCUUUGCGAAAGUCAUGGACUUGAACGUCAAGAGCGUGUUCCUGACAAUCCAGAAAUUCGCGCCCUUGCUGCAAGCACGUGCUACCGCCGAGGAUCCCAGCAGAGUCAUCGUCACUGGCUCAGUCGCGGGCCAGGGCAUCGGCACGUUAGGUCCGCAGAGCACGCCGGGCUACUCGGCCUCCAAGGCCGCGGUGCUGCAUCUGAUGCGCAAUCUGGCGAUUGAGCUUGCGCCGAGACAUAUUCUGUGUAAUGGGCUUGCGCCGGGGUUCUUCCCGAGUAAAAUGGCGAAUGGGCUCAUGGAAAUGACGGGAGGUGUGGAGAAGUUGGCGAAGGAGACGCCGAAUGGACGCUUAGGUCGGCCGGAGGAUAUUGCGGCUGCGGUGGUGUUUUUGUGCAGCAAGGGGGCGGGACAUGUGAAUGGGGAGACGGUGAGGUUGGAUGGGGGGAAAUUGUUGGAUCGGGCGAGGUUGUGA